GCGGUUUACCGUGCCCCGGGCCGGCUCGUGCGGGCUCCAGCGCCCGCCCGCCCGCCAGUCAGUCAGUCAGUCUGUCAAGAGGCGGCGCCGCCCUGACGUUGUUCUGCCAGCCGAAGGGAUAAUGCUGAAUGAAAGUGACUGGCCAGCGUCGGAGAUUAAUGCACACCCGCUACUCGCAUGUUGUUUUCUAUUCGAGUUGCCAUGGCAGAAAAGAUCCCAACGGGGAUUGCUAAGAAAGCAUCCCGAUCCACGGCUUCCCUUCCCCCGGAGCCCAUGGAGAUAAUCAGGAGAAAGACUUGUUCCAGAAGGGUUAAAAUCAACGUUGGAGGACUUAACCACGAAGUCUUAUGGAGGACAUUGGAAAGGUUACCCCGGACUCGUCUGGGGAAACUGAGGGAUUGCAACACCCACGAAUCCCUGUUGGAGACCUGCGAUGAUUAUAACCUCGAUGAAAACGAGUACUUUUUUGAUCGUCACCCUGGGGCUUUCACGUCGAUUUUGAAUUUCUACCGAACUGGGAAACUGCACAUGAUGGAAGAGAUGUGCGCCCUGUCCUUCGGCCAGGAACUCGACUACUGGGGCAUUGACGAGAUCUACUUGGAGUCCUGCUGCCAAGCCAGGUACCACCAGAAAAAGGAGCAGAUGAACGAGGAGCUGAGGCGGGAGGCUGAAACCAUGAGGGAACGGGAAGGCGAGGAGUUUGACAACUCGUGCUGCCCCAACAAAAGGAAGAAGUUGUGGGACCUGCUGGAAAAGCCCGGCUCCUCUGUGGCCGCGAAGAUUUUGGCCAUCGUUUCCAUCUUGUUCAUUGUGUUGUCAACAAUUGCCUUGUCUCUCAACACACUUCCUGAACUUCAGGACAUGGAUGAGUUUGGACAAGCCAACGACAACCCACAACUUGCCCACGUUGAAGCAGUAUGCAUCGCAUGGUUCACAAUGGAGUACCUUUUACGUUUCUUAUCCUCGCCAAAUAAGUGGAAAUUUUUUAAAGGCCCAUUGAAUGUAAUUGAUCUUCUGGCCGUCCUGCCAUAUUAUAUUACAAUUUUUCUCACAGAGUCAAACAAGAGCGUGCUCCAAUUCCAAAAUGUUAGGCGAGUUGUUCAAAUAUUCCGUAUCAUGAGGAUAUUGAGAAUUCUUAAACUAGCCCGACAUUCAACGGGACUCCAGUCACUCGGCUUUACUCUCAGGCGAAGCUAUAAUGAAUUAGGUUUGCUGAUAUUGUUUUUGGCUAUGGGCAUUAUGAUAUUUUCAAGCUUGGUAUUUUUUGCUGAAAAGGAUGAAGAUGCAACCAAAUUUACAAGUAUUCCUGCAUCUUUCUGGUGGGCAACUAUCACUAUGACAACAGUGGGAUAUGGAGACAUCUAUCCCAAAACACUAUUAGGCAAAAUAGUUGGAGGACUUUGCUGCAUUGCGGGAGUCUUGGUGAUAGCUCUGCCUAUACCAAUCAUUGUAAACAACUUCUCCGAGUUUUACAAAGAGCAAAAAAGACAAGAGAAAGCAAUUAAGAGAAGAGAAGCCCUCGAAAGAGCCAAAAGAAAUGGGAGUAUUGUUUCCAUGAACUUGAAAGAUGCAUUUGCUCGCAGUAUGGAACUAAUGGAUGUUGUUGUUGACAAAGGGGCUGAUAAUAUGAUUAAACAUGAAAAACACACAGACAAUCAUCUUUCACCAAGUAACUGGAAAUGGGCGAUUUCUGAAACAAACUUCAAUAAGUCUUUGGAGUCUAAGUAUCAGGAACUAGGCCAGCAUUACUCAAGCAAGCAGUUAAAUAACCCCUCCCCCAGCCCACAGCAUCUAAAUGCUCAGAAGCUGGAAGAAAUGUACAAUCAAAUGACAAAGGCACAAUCUCAGCCAAAUCUUAAUAGUGACAAGCCAGAAGUAUCUAUUAAAUCUCCUGUUCAUGAAGAAGAACUUGAAAUGGAUGUGAUUCCUCGCUCAACUGACCCAUUGCUGUCUGCUCCCAUAGAACCAAUACUGGACAUGAGGAGCAUAUCUAGUAUUGACAGCUUUGCUAGUUGUACCGCUGAUUUUACUGAAUCUGAUAGGUUUCCACACCCUUCAAAAAUGGCUGAUCAAGCUCAUCGGAGAUGGAUCGCUGGCACUGGUCCUCUCAAUGAGUAUCAGACUGGAGAUAACAUUAUGUUCAAAGAUGGUUCUGGUGAAGUCAAUAAAGGUUUCUACUUUGGGCAGCCAGUGUCCUCCAAUUUAAACAGCACAGUGGAAAGUCCAAAGAGCUCAAUAAAGGGUAAGAACCCUUUGAAAUCUAGAUCACUUAAGGUAAAUUUUAUGGAAAAUAAAAGUGGUACUCCUCAAACACCACCAAGUACUAGCAGACCACUGCCUGUGAUAGUGACAGAUGUAUCAUUAUCUACACCUAAACAUACCAGCGGCGUCCUGCUGGAGGAAAGCUCAAUUCAGAGUGAGAGUCCCACUGUGAUUACUGAUGUACCAGCUUUCCACCAGAUUUCCAGUAAAGGAUCACCACAACUAUUGGCUAAACAAAAACUAUUUGCUUUCCAAACGAGAGGGAGAAGGAGUUGCAUUGACAUGGACAGUGGUGAGGAUGAAGAGUUGCUGGUGGAAGUAAAGACACAGCUCAAUAGCCAGCAGGAAUCCAGGCAGAACUGCUGUUCUGAAAGUCAUGAUAAGCAUAGCCACAAUGGAAACCACAUUGAAGAUGUGUCUGUAAUGGGUGCUGUUUCUCCAAAACACUCUGGUAAAAACUGCACAUCUAGUGCAGCAGGAGAUAGCAAAAUGGACAGUUUUGAAGCUGGGUACAAGAUGGAAAAUCAUAUGUUUACACCAGAAAUUCAUGUUAAACCUGGGGAAGGAGGUUAUUCACCCUCUUGUGAAACCAGCAUGUGACUAAGGAAAAAGUAAUAAUAAUUUUUUCUGAUUCUUUAGAAUUCUAAUAAGAAAAUGAAAUGGCAUAAUUUAUGCCUACAGUAUUUUUGCAUGGCAUGGUGAAUCUUUUAAUCCAGCUGCUGUUUGACUCAAACUGUGAGAGACUGCAUCUCUGCAGAUAAGGAAUUGGAGAAUAGCAUUAAAAAAUAAGGCUUCCAAGUGGAGCCCAUGUAUUGUAAAGUUUGGAGAUGUUUUCAACUUUUCUCUAGUAAGACUAGAAUCAUUUUAUGCUACCACAGAUUCAUUACACUAGAAUAUGUUAGGAUUUGCACAAAGGAAGGGCAGGAUGUACAUGCAUGCAUUAGGAACUGAUGUGAAACAGAGGUGCUUAGAGCCUGUAAAAUAUAAUUAUUUGUAAAUAGUCGGGAAUAUGCCAAGAACUCAAGAAAUCAAGCAAUUGCAGAAAACAAUUAUUCUGAUGCACACUUAUUCCCUUCACAGUGCACUGCCUGGAGGAGGUUUAUAAAGUCUUGUUGCAAAGUUGCAACAAUUACAUCAGCCUGGAGUUUCCUCCUGAUUUGUCACCAGAUAUAUAUACAAUCUGGGUACAAGUAAAUGGAAAUGCAUAAAAGGUCCCAUUUUUUAACAAAUGGCUUAUGCUUGUAAAUGCAAUACAUCAAAAAUACUGUAAUCCUUAAAGAAUACAUUGAUCCUUGGGUAUCCCUGAACAAGUUCUGCUCUAUAAAGGCAUAGGAAACUGUAGAUGUGGGAAUCUGGAUCCAAAAUGACCUAAGUCAUCAAUAAUUCCUUUCCAACCACAGUUGCCACUUGACCCGCUGAGUUCUUUAAGCAGAUUUUUUUUUCUGCUCUAUAAAUCUGCUCAUUCAUUCAUCCUUCACCAAACAAGCAAGUUUCAGUCCAUUGCGUUUGUUCAGAGGUGUGGUGAUUCGUGACAUAAUGGCCAGACUUGAAAACAUGCACACAUCAAUCACUUCAUGAAUCUUUCAAAAACUUGCUGAUUAACUGCGAUCUGUGGUGAAUUAAAUUCCUGGACAUGCCCAACUGCUCCAGGUUUAAUUCACCUUUAUAAAAAUUUGAAGAGUGACUCAUUUUCUGGCUAUUCCUCUGCAAGGAAGGAAAUGUUAAAAUACUCCAUACUUUUUGCAAUACAAUUUAAUUACUGUGACAGAAAGAUCACUGCUGCUUACUACAUAGUCUCAAACCUCACUUUGAGGGGAAUAUCUUUUCCUCUUUUUUUUGUCACAAGGCCACAUUGAUUCAAAUGGAAUCAUGAAUCAAUUAGACCAGUUGACUAUGCUGAAUCUCUUGGAAAUUUGCAUUUUAGCUUAGUUUCAGUCAAAAUUUGAGGUCAUUUUCACCUGGUGCCUGAUAGUUGGAGCUCUGGGAGCAUUUUGGACACAGAUAUCCUUUUGUGCUUAUUGGAGGAAAUUCCAGGACAUCCAUUUCAUUCUAUUCUGAUUGUGUAAAUGUUCAUUAAAAAUGGGACAGAAACUAUUUUCCUUAGGCUAUAUUUAUUUGUAAUAAAAAUAUUAAGUUAAGAUUUGCACAAAUCUGUUAUUUAUUAUAUUUUUGUUAAACCUUGUUUUUGAAAGAAUGGGGAGGAUUUAAUGACCAGGAAUCAAAAUGUGCAGCAUUGAACUCUCACUGAUUUAUCUUAUAUUGGUACUUGCCAAAUAGUCAUUACAAAUGGAUAAACUGUAUUUUUCUUGUCAGAAUUCUAUUUUUAUGGGUUAUUUGAAUAAUAUAUUUGUGUAUUUUGGAAAGCCCUAGACUACAACAAAGGCUUUAAGGGUUUGAGGGCAAUAAUCAUGCUCAGUUGCCCUUCUAAACAUUUUAAUGACUCCCAGGUUAGUGUUAUGUCUGUUUGUGUGAAUCUUGUCCAAUACUAGAAACAUAAUCCAUAUUUCUCACUUCCACGAAAAUUGAUGACUGAUUAGAAUUGAAACAAUCUCCUGUACAUUAGGAAAUUUUCCAAAGGAGCCAUCUGAAAAUUUAUUCUAGAGAUUCCUGGUGUAUGAUCAUUAAUUCUCAUUAUAGGGAGACAUUUCCUCUCUGCAAUUUGUGUAAUAAAGCUGUAAAGCUGUUCAUAAUACACAGGUUUACUAUUUGUUUUUACACAUAAUGUGCACAGUAAACUUCCCCACAGAUUGUUUACUUGUUGGUGUACACAUACUUU